AUUUCUUCUCCUAUCUCCUUCUCCGGCGAAGAAAUUGAAAAUUCAUUAUCCCUAAAACCCUAAUAAAGGUCCAGAGAGUCGUCAGAAACCACCGAUUAGCUUUUGAAAUGGACGGUGCCACAUACCAAAGAUUCCCAAAGAUCAAGAUCCGUGAGCUUAAAGAUGAUUACGCCAAGUUCGAGCUUCGUGAAACCGACGUUUCUAUGGCCAACGCUCUCCGUCGCGUAAUGAUCUCCGAAGUCCCUACCGUCGCAAUAGAUCUAGUCGAAAUCGAGGUUAAUUCAUCUGUACUCAACGACGAGUUCAUUGCUCAUCGAUUAGGUCUCAUUCCUCUCACUAGCGAACGUGCUAUGAGCAUGCGUUUCUCUCGAGAUUGUGAUGCUUGUGAUGGAGAUGGACAAUGCGAGUUUUGCUCUGUUGAGUUUCGGCUUAGUUCUAAGUGUGUUACUGAUCAAACCCUAGAUGUUACUAGUAGGGAUUUGUACAGUGCUGAUCCUACUGUUACUCCUGUGGAUUUCACUAUUGACUCGUCUGUAUCUGAUUCAAGCGAGCACAAGGGAAUUAUCAUUGUGAAACUGCGUCGGGGACAAGAGUUGAAGCUUAGAGCGAUAGCGAGGAAAGGGAUUGGGAAAGAUCAUGCGAAAUGGUCUCCUGCAGCUACUGUUACGUUUAUGUAUGAGCCUGACAUAAUUAUUAAUGAAGAUAUGAUGGAUACUUUGUCAGACGAGGAAAAGAUCGACUUGAUUGAGAGCAGUCCUACCAAAGUGUUUGGCAUGGAUCCAGUCACCAGACAGGUUAGUUUUCACGUUUUGGAAGAAUGCAGCUAUACAAGUUUAUAGCUUUGAGACUUAAAUAUGAUUGAACUACUUUAUAGACUGCCAUGCCUUGAAAUAUAUAUAUGUGAUGUGGUUAGUGCAUUUGCUCUUUUCUGUGCUUCUCUUUCUGUUAGAUAGCACUACUUAGCUCUUUAGGAGAAUUACGCCAGUCAUCGGAAUGAAUCAAAUAACUGCUAAACUUCUGGUACCAAACUGAAACAUCUUUCUAUAUCUAAUCACUGCAAAUUAUAUGAAUCACUUGGAGUAUCUCUGUGCCAGUUGAACUUUUGUUUGUGAUUUCAUGUUAGAGAUUUCAAAUUAUUCGAAUGGUAAAGGGAAUAAAGAAAGGAGAAGAUAUAGUACUUGUAGUACCUCUGUACCAGUUGAAUUUUCUUGGAGAUUUCAUGUUAAUGGUUCAGUGUUUACUAGGACUCACCACAACUGACAAUUUUCCUUUGACCCGCUAGAGAACAUUGUAUAUCAUUAUAACAGUUACAGUAGUUUAUCGUUGGAAUUUAGUAUGCCAUUUCUUUUGAAGUCUGUUGCUUGAAUCAUCACAACUGUAAUUUUUAUACUUUGCUUCUUAGGUUGUAGUGGUUGAUCCUGAAGCAUACACUUACGAUGAAGAAGUGAUCAAGAAAGCUGAAGCAAUGGGGAAACCGGGACUCAUUGAGAUCAGUCCGAAAGAUGACAGUUUUAUAUUCACUGUUGAGUCCACAGGUGCAGUGAAGGCUUCCCAACUGGUACUAAAUGCCAUUGAUCUUCUGAAGCAGAAGCUUGAUGCAGUCCGUCUCUCAGAUGACACCGUAGAAGCGGAUGAUCAGUUUGGUGAACUCGGUGCCCAUAUGCGUGGAGGAUGAACUCAAGUGAUUAAUUCGAGCUCUUUGUUAUACCUGUUUGUUUCAGGUUUUGAGUUUCUUCUGGAGCAGACUGAUAUUAACCGUAGUGGCACUGUCUUGUUUGAUAACAUGUGAAGUGGCAGUCUUCUAUUUGUUCUGGACCUCUGAUCCCUCUGUUCCUGAAUCUUGUUAAGUUUGGUUGUUGUUAGUUGUUAGACUCGCUCGUAACGAAAAUAAACGCAAGGAUUAAAUUCAAUACAUUGAACAAGUAUGAUUAAAAUGGAA